CAUAAAUACCCGGAGCGCCCGAUUUCCGAAACUUCAUACCCAACCCAACCGCCUCACAUUUUCAUCGUUCACUAUCCUUAGAUACUAUGCUGGACGCAUUCAAAAUCAAGGACUUCAAUUUGGAGCCCAUCUACGAGUCUUGGGAGAACCCUCCAAGAUUCCACGGCGAGACGACGAAGGACAUGCCCGUUGAUGACUUUUUGCAUCAGAUUAAAGCUGGCUGCGCCGAGCGGAAGGUGCCAGAGGAGUACUGGCACAAAGUUGCGCAACACUACAUGGGGGAAAAGGCGAAAGCCAGACUCCAGGAGCUCAAGAACGUUAUGGCGAAAGUAAAUGGGGGCAAAUAUCGCUGGAGCUGGAAGAAGUUCUCGAUUGCAAUGCGGAACAUGGGGUGGGAAAUUGAUGCCAGCAUCACAGAGACUGUUCAGCUCCACUCUAAGCCGUCAGGCAUGUUGUGGCUUACCAGAAGGAAAUCCACGAAAGACAGGGAUGGGUCACAGAAGGAGGUGACUUCUUCCGAAAUCGUGGAACUUCCGCCGCCCCUGCCGUCCAAGCAAGGACGGCCAAACCCGAUGAAGAUGCUUUCUGAUUCAGCAAUCGCUGCUACGGCUGCAAUCAGGUCUCGCAGGUCACCAACCCGCGCGAACUCCAUGGCUUCUACGUUGUCCACCAGCACCGUUUCAUCUAACCAUACCGUAACCUCUAACCACGCGUUAACCUCCAACCCCGUGUUGACCUCUGACAAUGCGGUAACUGCCUUAUCUACGCCAUCCGCUGACGGCACUGUCACAGCUAUAUCGAAUGCACCAACAUGGCUCCUUAAUGCGUGCAAUGCCCUCAAUUUCCUGACUGCGGAGCACCCACGAGCUAUGACAACACUGAGUGCUGUCCUCAUCACUGCAGGGACCCUCCCUGCAAUCCCUGCAAUUAGCGGAGGGACUCUCCUCGCUUCUGGCGUCGCUCAAGCAGUUGGCGCCAUAGCUGUGGGCGUUGGAAAUUUACUCAAAGCUCAGCAAGAAGGUCAAGUACAAACAACUGGCUCGCACCCACAACCACCGAUACGAUCAUCUACCUUCUAAUAGAUGGCGAUCGGUAAGGUUUUUUUUGUACUUGUGGGCGCCGCGGCAUUCAAGCUCGUUGGACGAGCUCGCGGACAAUAUAAGCAUAAAUUGCAAUAUUAUCUAUACCCUUGCAUCACCUAGCUUACAUACAAUGCAUUCCACUGAUUUCAAAUUUCGAGAAGUCGUUAGCUAUUAGCUAUGUAUGUGCACUUUACGUGCCGGCGCAUCAUGUACAGGACAAUAUGAUACCCA